UUUUAAUAAACGAAUUGGUUAAAUAUGAAUUUUCACAAAUUAAUUCGGUCUGCUGAAAGUAUCAUCGGACGUACGAGAUAUUAUAGCAGCGUUGCGAAGGAAGAGCUGCCGGCAUCAUUUGUUGUGGAGGAUGUGGAAUAUGUGCCUGAGCGGGAUAAAUCUGGACUGCGGCGACAACACAAAAAUGUGCUCCACGAAACAUUGCCAUACGACGAGGCACAUUCCUGGAUACAUUUGACUGAAAAGUAUCAAAGAACCCUGUAUGGGCGUUAUGGGUCGAAAAGUAAUGUCAAUCCUAAAAUAUGUUUCGGCACACUAGCCGAACGAACAAAAGCCCAAGAGCUGCAAAGCAUUACGCAACCUGAGACUUUGCCGGAAUUAUUGGAAAAACUUCGCAUUAAAAAAGAGGCGAAGCAAGCAGCUAUAAAUGAACGCGAAGAGAACAUACAAAAGAAGCUGGACAAACUGGAGCAAUGGAAGGCAGAAUUAAACGCAAAGGUUGAAAAACGUAGAGCAGAUGCCGCAGCUGCCAUUCAACGCAAGGAACGUUUAAUUGAAGAGGUUCGUCGGCAUUUCGGAUUCAAGGUGGACGUACGUGAUGAACGCUUCAAGGAAAUGCUCGAACAAAAGGAGAAGGAGGACAAGCGCAAACAGAAGGAGGCCAAGCGAAAGGUCAAAGAGGAGAAGAUGAUGGCGAAAUUAAUUCAACAAACAAGCUAAAAUAAUUGUUUUCAAUUAUAUAUUAAUGUCAGAUGGCGAUUUGUCAUAUUUCAUAAUUCAUAAAAUGUUUCUACAUAAAUAAGAUCAGUUUGAAUUGAAAAGCUUUAA